AUGGCCCUUCCCAACCUACGCUCCAUCUUUGCAUCCUCGCGCACCUCUGAGGAAGAACGCCAGCUGUCCCGCGCAACGUUCUACAAGUUCACCGCGUUCGUGGCCAGCUGUCUCGUCAUCUCCCUCCUCGCCGCCAAGGGCUCGGCGCGCGACAUUGUGCCCAAGGCAGCGCGGGCCAUCGGCGGCGCCGCACGCGCAUGA